GCUUCCUUCUGGAGGCGGCCAUUUUUUCCCACCAAUCCAGCCACGACGGUGGGAAAGCAAAACUACGUAGGACGUAUACAAAUCAGACCAGUAAACUAAAUUGAAUAUUUGAGAUCUGCUUUUCAACCAGCAUCAUGUCACGGGGGGGUUCAUCCUCGGACAGACUUACUCGUAUUGCUAUUGUCAGCACUGAUAAAUGCAAGCCAAAAAAAUGUCGCCAGGAGUGCAAAAAGGCCUGCCCUGUAGUUAGGAUGGGGAAGCUGUGUAUAGAAGUAACCCCAGUAGAUAAGCUAGCGUUCAUUUCAGAAGAACUGUGCAUUGGUUGUGGUAUUUGUGCCAAGAAAUGUCCAUUUGAAGCCAUUACCAUCAUUAAUCUUCCCAGUAACUUGGAGAGGGACACCACUCACAGAUACAGUGCAAACUCCUUCAAACUUCACAGACUACCAACACCAAGACCAGGAGAAGUGCUAGGGUUGGUGGGAACCAAUGGUAUUGGCAAGUCAACAGCACUGAAGAUUCUAGCUGGAAAACAGAAACCAAACCUUGGAAAAUUCAAUGACCCUCCAGACUGGACAGAGAUUCUCAAUUACUUUAGAGGAUCAGAACUCCAAAACUACUUCACCAAGAUUUUAGAGGAUGACUUAAAAGCCGUCACUAAACCCCAGUAUGUUGAUCAGAUCCCUAAAGCUGUCAAGGGAUCUGUACAAUUCCUUUUGGACAAGAAGAAUGACAGAAAAAAUCAGGAAAUAGUAUGCACUCAGUUAGAUUUGCUCCAUGUACGAGACCGAAAUGUAGAAGCUUUGUCUGGCGGAGAACUGCAGAGAUUUGCCUGUGCUAUCGUGUGUAUACAGGAUGCGGACAUCUUCAUGUUUGAUGAGCCAUCUAGUUACCUGGAUGUAAAACAGAGAUUAAAGGCUGCUAUAGCGAUCCGAGACCUCAUCGCCCCGACCAAGUACAUUAUUGUUGUGGAGCACGACUUGUCAGUCCUUGAUUACUUGUCUGAUUUCAUCUGCUGUCUAUACGGUGUCCCAGGGGCCUAUGGUGUGGUCACUAUGCCCUUCAGUGUACGAGAAGGUAUAAACAUAUUCCUUGAUGGAUUUGUUCCCACGGAAAAUUUACGAUUCCGAGAGGUCUCGCUAACAUUCAAAGUGGCCGAAACAGCAAUGGAGGAAGAGAUCAAGAGGAUGUGUCGAUAUGAGUACCCUACAAUGACGAAAAAGUUAGGCUCUUUCAAAAUGAGUGUUGUUGGAGGCCAGUUCACCGACUCCGAGAUCAUUGUUAUGCUGGGAGAGAAUGGUACAGGGAAGACUACGUUCAUCAGAAUGAUGGCUGGCAAACUCGAGCCUGAUGGAGGAGAGAGAUGUCCUGUAUUGAAUGUGAGUUACAAGCCACAGAAAAUCAGUCCAAAAUCUCAAGGCUCUGUGCGACAGCUGCUGCACGAACGUAUACGUGACGCUUAUAUUCACCCACAGUUUGUUACCGAUGUCAUGAAGCCAUUGCUCAUUGAGGUCAUUAUGGACCAGGAGGUACAGAACUUGUCUGGAGGAGAGUUGCAGAGGGUGGCCUUGUGUCUGUGUCUGGGAAAACCAGCUGAUGUGUAUCUGAUAGAUGAACCGUCUGCCUACCUUGACUCAGAGCAGCGUCUACAUGCUGCUAAAGUCAUCAAAAGAUUUAUUUUGCAUGCUAAGAAGACUGCCUUUGUGGUGGAGCACGAUUUCAUCAUGGCUACCUACCUGGCAGACCGUGUGAUAGUGUUUGAUGGAAAUCCUGGCAUCGAUACCAGAGCCAAUGCACCACAGUCAUUGUUGAAUGGAAUGAACAAAUUCCUGAUGUCCUUGGAGAUCACGUUUAGAAGAGACCCUAACAACUUCCGACCGAGGAUCAACAAACGUAACUCGGUCAAGGAUUCUGAGCAGAAGAAAACUGGAAACUAUUUCUUCCUUGAAGAUUGAGACUGCUCUUCUGCCUAAAGGUCUGGAUUAUCUCCCUUAGAGACAGUCUGCUUCAUACUAUCCGAACUGAAACAGAACUUGAUUCUGUGAAGCAGUUUGUUUCUAAUAUUUUAGGACUGUUGAGUACCAUUACGGUGAAGCUGUGAAGACUGAGUGGACAGGUUCCUCCGACAGUUCUACAACAUCCAAUAACGGACUGGAAAACAAAAUGUGAUUUCUAAACUAGAGAUUUCUGCACACCAUAUGAUAUGCAAUUGCAUAAAAAAGCAUGCAAUGACAGGAAGGUAAUGAUGUUAUUGCAGAAACACUUAUUCCUUGGUGAAAAAGCUAGGAAUAAUUUUAAUUUUGAAUUGAUAUUCCUUUCUGACUAGAUAGUUAAAUAAUCAAACACCACUCCUGCGGUGAGGAUUCAAUACCAACUAAACUAGUACAACCUGAUUCAAGUGCUUUGUUGCUUCUAUUUGUGAUAACAGUUGAUAGGUAGAAUUUCUUGUAUUGUAUGCAAAAUAAAUUUCUCAGCAAAUUGUUUUGCUGGCUAGUAGUUGGGAUGGGAGGGGAUAAUAUAACCUGUUACUGCUGACAGUGGGACUAGGAUGAUUGUCAGAGGACAAAUGAAAUUGUAUUUUGAUCAAGAGCUACAAGGACAUCAUUAAAUUAUUAUUCUCAAAACACUUUGGUUGUGUUCUUUUAUUUCAAUGUAACAUUAGUGUACCCAAAACAGGACACUUCUUGAAAAUAGAAGAAAUAGACAUGAUAUUCAAAUAAGUAUUUAUGUAAGUAUAUGCCAUUUUCACAAUAUGAUACUUUAAUGUCAACCAAUCAUUAUAUCAUCUUUAUUGGCUGCUUAUUAUGGAUUGUUUGAAUUUGGAAAUAAUUAUGAAAACACAACUUUCUUAAUUGAUGUGCAAUGUAAUGCUAUGUAUUUGAUACCAAUUUCAGAAUCCUAUUUUUUCAACCUAAUACUAGUUUGGAGAAGAAAGUUAAUCAAAACCCUAUUUGACUCUAAUAUAUUUGAACUAUGUGUAAUUUUCUGUUUAUAUUGGUAUAGUUUAUCCCCCAGUGUUAACUAAAAAAAUAAAGUGUCCUUUCUGGGUAGAGUAGCCUCUUCAAGAGCGUAUACGACCCUUGUAUUAUUUCAUGGUCUAUUUAUGAUCGCAAACAUUUCAGGAAUUGAUACUAUGGUAUAAAAUAAAUCAAUAUUUAACAACAUUCCUGUUUGGUUAAGUGACGAUCAGGAUUGCAUGUUCUGUAUUACACAUACAAUGCAUACAUCAUAAGAUGCAUAUAUUUCACGAAUAAAAUGUUUUGUGCAACCUA